AUGCAGGACGAUAAAUGCACAAACGAAAGAGACGAGCACUGCCCCCAAUUGUAUAUCGGUGUCGUGUGCUACCCCACGCUGAGAUGGCUAACGGGUCUCUGCACCACCGGGGGAGCUCGGGACUCAAAUCCCGGCGGUUGCUGGUGCUGCCUGACUGCUCGUAUCUGCGAUGUACAGGAGUUCAUGACACGUAUAUGGCAUUUGCAUCCCAUACAGUCAAGCAAGUCCAGCGACAUGACCAGUUACGCAGCCGAGGACGGCGUAACUGUUGGGAUGUUUGACAAACCAGCAAGAUGCAGUGCAGAUGCCGAUAUGUUACCGUCAGCAGACAAGCCAGAACAGUACCGUAAUAAUGGGAAGCACUAUCAGGUUGAAGGGUCAAGGAAUUGCCUCCGCCAGCCGAGCCGGCCGCUUUCAUUAGUUAUCAGUACUUCCGUGCUUUCGCUUCUGGCUGUCGACCAUGAGACGAGUAUAGAAGAUAUUCGCCGAUCCGUGGCCCAUUGGCCUCCGCGCUGGUCCACCAUCGCGAUUGGCGCGAAGAUACGGGAGAAGGAGAGGUCCCCAUCCAUUAUUUCUCCCUUGAAAAGCAAAGAGAGAGAACCGCUCGCCUGCCUUCCUCCACCUAUCCUCCCCGGGUCCCCCCUUCGACGGGGCUGGGCCACGACAGACAAAGAUGCUGUACACUGCAGGACGAUGUACUCCGUUAUUGAUUGGCAGCACCCUACCCCCCCGUCAGGGCAACAGAGUGUAGAACAGAAGCCGGACAAAUGGCCAAGCACCACCACAAAAUCUACCAUCACCAACACCAGCACCAUCAACCUCCCCCCAAAGGACACGACGAGCAGCGUCCUUGAACAGAGCAACCAGCUGGGCCCGACGACGAGAGGCAGACAGACAGACACACAGACAGACAGAAGGACGCUCGACUUGUUCCGUCUUCAUCCUCUUUUUCAUCGAGAACUGGACGGAAGCCCUGCGGUGCCAUCAUGUUGCCCUGCGUCUCUUCGUUUCCUCCUCCGCCUCGCUGAAACAGAAAGCAAACGCUCGUCCGUUUCGUUUCGCUUCGUUGCUGGCUGGCUGGCCGCUCGCAGUCCUGCAGUACCUCCGCCUCCACCACCAUCAAUCACCACCAACAACGGCGACGACGACGACAGCAACCGCAGCAAAGAGAAGCAAGACAAGCAGACUCCGCUGAAGGCGUCUGUCCUCUUUCCUUUCUCCUCCUUUUCACCCCUUGAUCCGCAUUCGAUCUUCCCGCCGCCGCUCUGUCUGCGUCUUCUCGAACCAGAUCUCCCCCAAUCGUUGUGCAUACCGAAAACAAAGCUUUGCUUGCCCUGUAAAUAG